AUGCCAUCAAGGGCACUACCACCACCAAGGGCACCACUACCGCCAAGAGCAUCACCAGAGGCACCACCACUAUCAAGAGUAACACCACCACCAAGAGCACCACCAAGAGCACCACCAGAGGCACCACCAGAGGCACCACCAAGG